AUGGCCAAAUGCCGCGUGGGCUGCGGAGGCCGGGCCCCUGAAGGACUCCCAGCCCUGACGCAGCCGUGGGCCCGGAGGCCAGGGUGCCGGCGCGAGGCUGUGCCCUGCACAGAGCUCGGGGCAGCAGCUGCCAGCGCGGACACGUCCGCGCCCUGCCGGGAAGGCGCGGGGGGCCGUGUGCGGGCCGAGGGCACAGUGCUGACCCGUGCAGCGGACAGGGCCCCCCGCCGAGGAACACUGCGGCUGGGCCAGGCCCAGGGCUGCCCUCAGCCCAGCGAGACAGCCGCCCAAACAGAGCCACCUCCCUGGGCCUUGGCCCGGGGACAGGAGGCGAGGAGGGGGUUGCUGCAGGCCCCAGGUAUUUUGGUGAGCCGGAGGCCGGCUGGGGAGGGUGCGGGCGCCAGCGACACCUCCAGCUGGCGGGCGUUCCUGGCAGCCGUGUCCCCAGGAUUGCGUCCCGGCGGUGACGACCUCAGCCUGCAGUGUCACCAGGGACAGAAGGCCUCGGGAGCCCGGGCCAGGGGAGCCACGUGUUGCUACACUUGCCAGAGUGCCUGUCGCGGCUCCGCUCACGGUGAAGCUGCCGUACCGGGGGUGCCUCCCAGCGUGGGGUCCACGAACUUCGGCCGCAGCCCCGGCAGCCGAGGCGAGGCAGCACCCCCGGGCCCCCCCCCCCGAGGGGUGCCAGCGCCCGCCUGCCCCCGGCCUGACCACCGCAAGCGGCUCUGGACGGCGGCCACCGGCCCCAGAGCCCACAGCCUGAGGGGAGCCUGGGCAGGGGCAGGGCUCACAGUGCGGGCCACCCCUCACGGGAUCGCCCAGGCCUUCCGCCGGCUUCGGCCCCGGCCAUCCUGGGAACUGCCACAGCCGGUGGUCGCCCCCGACUCGGCAGGGCCGAGGGGCCCCUGCCCCAGCCCGAUGCUGACGCUCCGGCACCAGGCGGCCGGCCUCUCCGGGGACCGUGUGCGCGGCUGGCUGUGCUCGGGGCCCCGGCCUCCCAGCAGCAGCGUCAGCCGCCAGGGCCCCUCCCAGCGCCUUCCAGGAGAGCCCGGGGCCGGCCCGCCUUCCCCUCCCGUCCGUGCAGACUCUGGGGGCCCGCUGGCCGAAAGCUGCGAGGUGCCCGCCCUGGGCAAGCUGCCAGCAGCCCUCGAGCCCACGUCUGCUCUCGGGGCCUGGAACAAGCGGGCCUCCGGGAAGGGGGGGCCCCAGCUGCCCCUGCACCUGGUGGGAAGGGGCCAUGAUUCAGAACUGCAGCCAGACCCCGGUGGCCGCUUCAUUGAGGGGGAUGACAGGCUGCCACGCAACCUCUUGCGGGCAGAGGGUCCACAGCAGGGGCUCCUUGGAGAGGCCAGCCCUGUGGACACAGGCCCUGUAGAUGCAGGGCCCGUGGAUACAGGCCCCAUGGAUGCAGGCCCAGUGGACGCAGGCACCGUGGAUACAGGCCCCGUGGAUGCAGGCCCAGUGGAUGCAGGGCCCAUGGAUACAUGCCCCGUGGACGCAGGCCCUGUGGACGCAGGGCCCGUGGACGCAGGCCCCGUGGACACAGGAAAUCGAGGCGUGGUGAUUCAGGCCCCCAAGGGCGCCUUUGUGGGGGGCUCGGGGAGGGCCAGCAAGCCCCCGCUCGCAGAGGCCGAGAAAGUCCUGGGGACGGCACGGUGCCUGCUCGAACCAGGGCUGCACCCCGCUGAGGACCGGGGGCGGCGGGGGGGACUCCACAAGGGCUGGCCCAGGACAGGCACGGCGGGAGAGUCCCAAACGAGGCCUGAGGGCUGCGGGCUGGAGGCAGGUCAGGCUGCCCUGCCCUCAAACAGUGACGUCACCUCUGAGGCCGCACAGGCCCGGCACGCUGCUCCCAAGGAAGCCUGGCACGACUGGCACGGCACGGGGGAUCCGAACGGGCCUUGGCAGGUGUCUGCAGGAGGAGGUGCUCCAAGCACACGUGCUCGCCCCUGCGCCCCCCGGGAGCUCACCAAACUGAAUCCUCUACGCUCAAACCACGGCAUCUGCCCCAAAGGGGGUCCCAGCAGCAGGACCACAGUCAGGGCCUCUGGCUUCACCUCCAGAAACAAAGCCUCGAUGGGGCUCCGAGCCGCCAGCGGGUGA